AUGUUUUUGGUAGCCGUGGCGCGGCCCCAGUACGACUUUCACAAGAAGAACGAGUGGCGACACAGGGCAAGCAACACUCGCCAUGAGCGUACCAGCACGCCUCUUCGCAGCCUUGUUCAAAUGAGGCAAGGGAAAGCGGUUGUCACCGUUGUUCUCGAGUACAAGACGCAUGACGGCUUGCAAGGUAAGAAACACGUUGUCCAACUUACCAGCUUUGAGAUGGUCGAAGACAGCCAAGGUUGCAGCAAUAACCUCGUCAACGGAACGACUCACCGUCUUGUAUGGAAGGGAUCGAUGUAA